CCGGUGAAACCGCCGAAGUAGGUGAUUGAAGAAGGAUGAGUAAUUCGUUAGGACUUUUUCUCGGCGGGAUUUUCGCACUUGUCGUCGCAGGAUACAUUGCUCAAAGUCGUCUACCUCCUCCCAAACCCAAAAUUAUCGGCAUAGAUUUAGGAACAACGUUUUCUUGCGUCGGAGUUUAUCAAGCAAUCACAGGACAUAUUGACAUACUGGCUAAUGAAAAUGGCACCAAAGUCAUUCCCAGCGUCGUUGCCUUUACCGGUGAAGGAGUUUUGGUGGGAAAAAGAGCCUUAGAUCAAGCUGAACUGAAUCCAAGAUCGACGAUAUACGAUGCCAAACGAUUUAUUGGAAAGACGUUUUCGAAGGAAGACUUACAAAAGUUGUCUUCUCUCUACCAGUUUAAAAUCACUUCUGACGAAAAGAACAAUCCUAAGUUCGUGGUCGAAAGUCAUGGCAACGUUACUUUAGUAUCGCCAGAAGAAAUCGGAGCGGCUAUUUUGAGGGAGUUGAAGCGAACUGCCGAAAGAAACAUCACCAGGGCAGUGAAUCAAGCUGUAAUGUCGGUCCCAGCAGAAUUCAAUAUGGCACAGAGAAAUGCAACGAUCAAGGCAGCUUCUCUAGCUGGGAUCAAAGUUGUACGGCUUAUAAAUGAGCCCACAGCGGCAGCUAUGGCAUACGGACUUCAUAAAAAGGAACGAGUUUCUAAUGUUAUGGUUGUUGACUUGGGUGGUGGAACAUUGGACGUUUCAUUGCUUAACAUUCAAGGGGGAAUGUUUGUAACUAUGGCCAUGGCUGGAAACAACCGGCUAGGUGGUCAGGAUUUCAAUUCAAGACUCAUGUCUUACCUAAUGUCUGUUAUAGAAGAUAGGUUUGGCCAGGAACUCACAAAUGCUGAAGAUAUACAGCGUCUGAGACAAGAAGUUGAAUCAACAAAAAUUAACUUGACAACAGAGGCAGCAGUGACUAUAAGAUUGCCUCUGCCUUCUCUGGAUCAUGGGGACAAACAUGUCCUUUUCGAGGAAAUAAUCACAAGGUUAACUUUUGAAAAGUUAAAUGAAGACUUGUUUCAGAAAGUACUACAGCCCAUCAAAAGGGUAUUGAAAGAAGUUGACCUUCCAAAAGAAGAUGUUGAUGAAGUGGUUCUAGUUGGAGGAUCGACGAGGAUUCCUAAGGUGCGGCAGCUUAUUGAAGAAUACUUCAAUGGAAAGAAACCUAAUGUUGCCAUAGACCCAGAGCUGGCAGUAGCCACAGGGGUGGCGAUACAGGCUGGCAUCAUUGGUGGAAUGUGGCCUCUUCAGGUGUCAGCCUUGGAACUUCCAAAUCACAAUCUCAGAAAGAUUCAGAUUGAGUCCUAAUUUAUUAAUAAUAAUCUUCUUAACUUAUAGAAAAUCAAUGAGAGAUGAUUGAAGAAUUACAGAAAAUACUGUAAUCAUUUAAUGGGGACAAACUCCACAUAACUUUUUCUGGAAAAAACAUUUAAGCAAAAGUUGUCAAUCACAAACAUUUUUUUUUUAUCAGAUCCUGACAAUCAUUCAGAUUACUGUAAUAUCAAACACCAAUAGCCAUGUUCUACAUAUCUUCCCUCACUUGAGUCAUCACAUUACAGCCAAAAAUUCAUUUAAAUUGUAUACAUUUGGUAAAAGCCAUUAGAAGGAUUUCCAACUUUGUAGAGUUUUACAAGCAUGGCAGUUCAGAGGGUACUAAAGAUCUUUAAAAAUGUUGGGAAAGCUAUUCCCUUUGUAAACUAGAAAAUUAUUUAAUAUGUAGUCAUAUUCCAUGGACCAAAAGACUAUUGCAAGAUUAUCUACUCACAAUUCUCAAUUUUAUUUAUUUUAAGAGUUUAAUGUCUUAUAACCAAUUAUUUUUUUUAUAGACUGAGGUGUAAAAUCAAGUAAAAACAACACUUCAAAAAAGAGAUUUUAGUUUCUUAAAAAUUAUACUUAACUCAUAUCAGAUCAUGAUCUACCAGAAGAAAUGUUUUCUCUCAUGCAGGUCGUGAGAGUUUCAGGAAUACUCACUUAACAAUUGGCUAUGAUAUGAUUAUGAAAUUUCAAAACAAAAUUUCCUUACUUGUAAACACUAAACCCUUUGUAACAAGUUACCAUGAUUGUUCCUUGUGAUUUUGAUGUAAUUCUGUUCUCUCAUGCCACAUGUGAGUAAAUUAUAAAUUAUGUGCCACUAAUAUCUUUUAUUUAACAAAGACAGUGAAUUAUGUCAUUUGAAAAAUUUAAGACAUUUGUUUAUAGUAUAAACGUCUGUGAUAGUGUAGUUCUAUGAGGUUGCUGUCGAAAUUAUUUUAAUAAUUUCUGCCAAUAAGUUUGAUGUAUUAUCCAACAUACAGCUGAAGAGAAUGGAAAGAGGUUUAGCUGGUAGGCAUGACAUCAAAACAUAACAGAAAAUUUCUUCUCUAAGUUUAAAGAUGUUUCACAGCUAGAAGGCUGUUGGAGAGUUGUUGAAACAAAUACUACCCAGAGAAGCAAAUGAAAUGCCAGACAUAUGAGAGACCAUCAGGUCACAUCCUGUAAGUGAAAAUUAUUUAAUUCCAAUUUCCUGAAAUGUAUAUAUAUUAGGAACACAGUAAUAACACUUUGUGUAUUACAAACCACAUGUAGAUUUAUCUCAAGAAGUAAUUAAUAAAACAAGUUAAAACAGAGUUUUCUUGCAAAUUG